CCACGGUCCAAGCAUCAAGGCCUUCGUCACGUCUCGGUCGGCGAGUCGAAAGGGGCCGUGCGCCAAGGGAAGGGAUGGCUGGGAAAGGCAGGCCGCCAGACGCCAGGUGCGCCGCCGCGGGCCCCCCGCCUCCGCCGCCGGCCGCGGCUUUGCCCUUCGGAAAGCAAGCUGCGGCUGCUCGGGCAGCCCGCGUUCCCCCGAGCAACCUGCCCCCGGCGCUCAGGCGCAGCGCCCCGCCGUGAUGGAGCACGCCGCCCCCACGAGGUGCUGCCGCACCGGCAGCGCUGGAACAUCUUCGCGUCCCAGAAACUGUGGGAGAUGGCCCCGGAGCUGUGCGCGCGGGGCGCGUCGCACGAGCUGGCGGCGAAUGUCAUCUACCGCGCGCUGGCGGCCCUGAACUGCAGCUGCCCCAAAGAGGCCGCGCGGAGGAGGCGCGACUUCGAGACAGACCUGUUUACCGCCUGCUCGAACCUCUUCGAGGUGCACUACGUGCACCACGGAGCCGAGAACGUGUUCGGCAUCCUCAACGAGAAGACUCUGAAGGAGGUUUCUCCAGCACUGAGGAAACCGAAACGGAAGCUCCUACAGCAAAUGGUGAUGGAUACAAUCGAGGAGUGGGUGCAGCUGCACCCUGACUCGUUUAGCCGCAUCGACGCGGCCAGGCUGUUUGCGGUGGUGGGCCCCGGAGCCUUCCUGGAGCUCAUUCCCCGGCUAUCCAUCAAUGUCAGGGCCCUUCGGCCCGAAGACGUUGAGGUCCUCUUCUACCACCUGGUGGAGGAGAGGAACGACAUGUUCAGCACCAUCCGUAUCGCUCAUCGCUACUCCCGGUCGAAGACAUGCAGGCUCCACUGAACGGGAGUGGCUGGUCGCUGCGAAGGGUGCUUGGCCUGAUCGAGAAGAAGCGAUGCGACCAUGCUCUCAGAUUCUUCCUCGCCCACCUGGACCCGCCGGAGCUCCUCCACGAGGCGCUGGCCGCCCUGCGCGAGGUCGACUUCGACACCGGCCUCGUGCGCGACAUGUGGUCGUGCGCGGAGAGCCUACAGCUGGAGCAGGACACGCGCGCCGGGCGGCCCAUCCUGCCCGACAUGCCGUCCGUGUGGCCGCUGGUGCCGCCGGCGCAGGUGCCGCUGCCGCGCGCCGCCCCGGAGCCCGUGGACGACGACAGGGAGGAGCCACGGGGGCAGAGGCUCUGGCUCACGGACGGGGAGCUGAGGCCCUUCUCCUUCUCGCGCGCGACGCCGCUGCCCCUCGCGGGCUUCGACCUCCCCCGCCCCCCUCGCGCCUCCGCGACUCGCCCUGGCCGCAGCUCGCGUUCGACCCGGCGGAGGCGCUCGCCUGCGAGCGCGGCGGAGGCACGCCCUCGGCGCCUGCCGCGGCGGACGCCUAUCGGCUCAUGGCCGAGGGCGGGGCCAGCUCGGCGCGGGCGCUCUGGGGGCCUGGCGAGGAGGCCGCGCCCCCUGCACCGCUGGCCGAGGCGGGCUCGGGGCUGCCCGCGCCGCACGCGCAGCUGCCCCUCGACGCGAUACACUUCGUGGACUCGGUCCAGGCGCUGUCGCACGUCCUCACGUUCCUGCAGGAGGCGCCGCCCCGGUGCGUGGGCGUGGACAUCGAGUGGUCGGACCCCCACCUGGUGUCGCUCAUCCAGAUCGCCACGCCGACCAGGGCCUUUGUCCUCGACACGGUGAACCGGACGCCGCUGUACAUGUCCGUGCUGCAUUGCCUGAUGGGCUGGCUGCUCGGGCGCGAGGAGACGACCAAGCUCUUCUUCGGCUUCCCCCAGGACCUGAUACGGCUGAACCUCCUGUUCGAGCCGCACGGUCGAUCACUUGGCACCGCCGACGCGAUCGCCUCCGUCGUCGACAUGUACACCCAGCGGCUGCAGCGCGUGCGGGUGCAGCUGCCGCGCCGCGAGGACACGCCCCUGGGGCGCGAGGGCCUCCUCGGCGAGGCCCUGGAGGCGGAGGACCUGGCGGAGAUCCACAGGCUGAGCAGCACGGCGCCCGCCUACCCGGAGCGGUGCGAGGUGGCCGAGCAGGUGUUCCUGAUCGGCGGGCACCACUCGCUGGCGGCCAUGGUCGAGCGCUACCUGGGCGAGAAGCUGAACAAGUCCGUGCGGCAGAGCAACUGGAACUUCAGGCCGUUGAGCGCGGUGCAGGUCAUCUACGCCGCCACCGACGCCCACGUUCUGCUCCGGCUGGAGGCGGCCAUGCGCGCCAGCGGCGUGCUGCCGCAGCGGACCUGGGGCGCCGCGGCGCGGCCCGCGGGCGAGGCGCGGCCAGCCUGGUGGCGCGGCGGGGUCGCAGACGGCGGCGAGGACCCUCCGCCCCGGAUCGCGGAGUGAAAGACGCCCCGCCAGAGUGAA